AUGAAGUUGAUCGCGGUGGUCGCCGGCCUCAUCGCCGUUGAAGGAGCCGCCCUGAGUAUUCAAUCCAACCUACAAUCUCCAGUUCAGUCAGUACUCAAACACAGCCAGGCACUAUCACGCCAACCAAAUAUCCUUUUCAUCAUUACCGACGACCAAGACCUCCAGCUCAACUCCACAUCCUACACUCCGUUCAUAUCAAAGCACCUUCGCGAACAGGGAACUUUCUUCCGCAACCAUUUUGUCACUACGGCACUAUGUUGUCCCUCGCGUGUGAGUUUAUGGACCGGUCGCCAGGCACACAACACCAAUGUAACCGACGUAAACCCCCCGUACGGGGGAUAUCCCAAGUUUGUCGAGCGCGGCUUCAAUGAGAAUUUCCUUCCUGUUUGGCUACAAAAUGCGGGCUACGAUACCUACUACACGGGUAAAAUGUUCAAUUCCCAUACCAUCUAUAACUAUGACAGCCCCCACGUCAAUGGCUUCAAUGGAUCGGAUUUCCUCCUUGAUCCCUACACUUAUUCAUACCUCAAUUCAACCUACCAGCGGAAUCAUGACCCGCCCGUAAGCCAUGAGGGUGAACACACCAUCGAUGUGAUCACGGGGAAGGCUCUUGGUUUUCUCGAUGAUGCCUUGGACGGCGAGAGGCCAUUCUUCCUGGCCGUUUCCCCUGUCGCACCGCAUUCAAAUGUGGACCCUGGAGAUAUUUCAUCUGGCAAUAUUUAUAUGUCGGCGCCUAUCCCUCUCAAACGACACGAGCAUUACUUCCAAGAUAUCAAGGUGCCCCGCGCGGCAAAUUUCAAUCCGAACCAGCCGAGUGGAGUCAGCUGGGUUCAUGAUCUGCCCCUGCUGAACCAAUCAACGGUCGACUACAACGAUCACUUUUAUCGCUCACGUCUGCGCGCCCUACAGGGCGUAGAUGAACUAGUUGACUCCCUAAUUACUCGACUCGAAGCGAGUGGUCAAAUGGAUAACACCUACAUCAUCUAUACUUCGGAUAAUGGAUUCCAUAUCGGCCAACACCGACUGCCCCCGGAAAGACUUGAGGAUAUUCGCGUUCCCCUAUUCAUUCGGGGACCGGAUGUUGCCAAGGGUCAUGUGCAGGAUGCGGUGACGACCCAUGUUGAUCUCGCGCCGACGCUUUUCUAUCUUGCUGGAAUUCCGGCACGGGAUGAUUUCGAUGGUGCCCCAAUUCCUGUUACGCCUGGGCUUGAUGGUGAGCGGCAUGAACAUGUCACAGUAGAAUAUUGGGGCUCCGCUGUUGCCGAAGGUGCUUUUAGCGGUAUUGGUCCUGGAGGCUCAGCCUUCAUCCCGAAUAACACCUACAAAUCCGUUCGUCUACUAGGCCGGGGUUACAACCUGUACUACUCGGUCUGGUGCAAUAACGAACAUGAGUUUUAUGAUCUACUAACGGAUCCGUACCAGUUGAACAAUCUGUACCAAACUACCUCUCAGGCCAAUGGAGAUGAGCCCCAAAUCCUCGGUCGCAGUUUAACUCAGGCUAUCAAUCGACUUGAUGCCCUUCUCAUGGUCCUCAAGUCCUGCCAAGGAGUGACUUGCAUCCAGCCUUGGGAUGUUCUUCACCCAUUAGACCCAGUUGAUACUCUCCUGGACGCACUAGAUGAAGAGUAUGAUGGGUUCUAUGGUGCACAGCCCCGGGUUUCCUUUAGCUGGUGUGAUGCGGGAUAUAUCGUUGCCGCCGAAGGACCACAGGUACCUUUGACUAGUCGGCAUGGCGUCUCUUGGGAAAUAUGGGUGUGA